UGGUAGUUGUUGUCAGUUUGAAAGAUAAGUCAGUGAAUUGAUUGCUGGUACCACUAAUGGAAAGGUGAUAUGUAGUAAUAGACUUUCGAAAGAGCAUACAAAAACACCAAUCAAUUUCUUUUAUCAGAAAGAAGUUUUGAAUUUUAUUGGCAACUGUGUUUGAACUGUGAUAAAGUAAAGGACAAUUAUGCGUGUUGUAGUCUCUAGCGACGUAAAGUGUGUCAGACAUAUCUACAGAUAAAAGAAGCAGAAUGAUAAGACUUUAACUGAUUUGUUGGCAGCUGAAACAUUUAUUCAUGUUUGACAUGUCUGCGAGAGAUACAGGUGUAGAAAAAACAUAUGCGUACAUACUGGAAGAAAGAUGUCUGCAUACUUUUACAUGGAAGAUGAGAGAGGAUCUUUAUAACUACAAACAGCUACACAAUACAUUCACAGGCACUGGAAAAGUAACAGUGUGGGGUAGAUGGAUUGAAAUCAACCAUUGACAUCAAUUGGUGUUUUGGAAUGAUACAGAAAACCAAUACAAUUCCACAAAUAAGCUGCACCAAUAUUGAUUCUAUGGGUUGUAUAAUCCAGUAAGAAUCCAUAUAAUUUGUCGCUAAGUAAGAUUGCUCUUCGUUAGCACAAUGCACUUUGGAACGGACAGAGAACUGGGCAGUGUAUGUACCAGCAUGUAGCUGAUUUUUCUGCAACGAUGGAAACAAAGUCAAAGAAUAAAGUCUUCCCAGCACCACAAGGACAUAAGGAUGACUUGGUGUUGGAGGAGUGCAGCAUUAAUGGAUCGGUUUCUAAACGGAGCACAUGGCAUUAUGAGCGAAGGCGUAAGAAGAAAGAAAUACCAGACCCUCAAGCAUCGUCAUUGUUUAAACCAAAACGUGGACGUAAUGAACGAAGGCAAAAUAUUCAGACCAGGAAAAGGGACAGACUAAUGGCCAACAAGGUGUCCACUGUCACAGGCUGGGCUGGUUGGAAGUACCGAAGGAAGUUGGCCUACAACAAAUUCAAGAUUUCUGCAAGGGAGUUUUUUGGUUAUUUUGAAGUAUGGGGCAGUUCUUUCAAGAAGAUAGAAGGGCAUUUUGGAUCUGGUAUUUUGUCCUUUUUCACGUUCCUGAAGUGGCUAUUUUUCCUCAAUAUUUACCUGGCUGUGAUAGUUUUCACCUUUGUCACUUUGCCACAGGUUAUUUUCAACACCCAAAGUGCAUAUUUCACUGGGAAUAGUUCCAACCUAGACACAGCUAUAGCGCUCGCUAAUAACUGCUCAGAACAAUAUACUGUGAAUAUUACCACAGAUUGGAGAUAUCUCAUUCUUGACUUCCUGCAAGGAACAGGCUGGAUGGAGAAGACUGUACUGUUUAUGGGGAAUUACACUACAACUUCACUGUAUAUAGGGAGUUUUGAUGCAGUAUCAUACUCAUACAACAUGCCCCUGGCUUACCUGUGUGUGGUCGGAGCCUACCUUGGACUCAGUCUCCUCAUGCUAAUGCAUCACACUGGAAAAGGUUUAAGAGAGAGCAUGGUUAACAGUGAAGAUAAAUAUUUCCAGCAUUGUAACAAAGUCUUUGGAGGUUGGGAUUUCACACUCAUGGAUGAUAAUGCAGCAGAAUUACGUCACAAGAGUUUACAUUUUGAAAUCACUGCUGAUUUACGAGAGGAACGUGAUGCACAUCGGAGGCAAAAUCGGUCUGGCUGUAAAAGAUUUGGGUUAGGUUUACUUCGCGUUUUUAUCAAUCUUUUUGUACUGGCAGUGCUGGGGGGUUCUGGAUAUCUCAUUUACUACGUGCAGGUCAAAGUCACAGAGCUUACUCAAGGCUUGGACUACAACACCUAUGGGACAUUUAUCCAGCUUCUAAUCCAGUUUACUCCCUCCACAACCAUUACAUUAUUGAAUGUCAUUGUUCCAUUCAUGUUUGAGAAAGUGGUGGGUGGAGAAGACUAUUCACCGAUGUUUGAAGUACAAAUUACACUGGUUAGAGUUGUGUUCCUGAAACUUGCCUCUCUGGCAGUACUUAUAGCGACCAUCUACAUAGAAGUGACAUGUGCCACCAAAGACACUUGCAAUGUGGGCAUUUCACCGUGCCCCUCUAUAGAGUGUUGGGAGACCUAUGUUGGCCAGCAGAUAUACAAGUUGGUUAUUAUGGAUAUGAUCGUAGUAACUUUCACAACUCUUCUCAUAGAAUUCCCAAGAAAAUUGAUUGUGAGCAAGUGUUCCUGUGGAUUGUCAGAAAGGAUAGGCUUUCAAAAAUUUGUCAUCACACAAAAUGUGCUUGACUUGGUGUAUUCCCAGACUUUGUGCUGGUUGGGAGGGUUCUUCAGUCCCCUUAUUCCAGCCCUCUACGUGAUUAAGUAUUUUAUUUACUUCUACCUCAAAAAGGCGUCCCUGUUGGUUAACAUGGAACCGCCUGACCGUCCAUACAGAGCUUCCAAGUCCAAUUCAUUCUUUAUGGUCAUCCUGAUGAUUGCCUUUGGACUCAUCUGUUUACCUGUGGGCUGGUGUAUUACUAAGCUAACUCCCUCCAAAGGAUGUGGACCUUUCCGCAUCUACAGCUACAUGAUCGAUGUGAUCCCUCUGGCUAUUUCCACAUGGCCAACGUGGUUGCAAGAAGGCCUAAAAUUCAUCUCUUCAGCUGGAUUUACAAUCCCUGCCUUUAUCAUUUUAUUGAUUGUGAUUUACUACUACCAUGCUUUGGCCUCAGCCAGAAAAGAGAUGGUAAAACUGAUGAAAGAACAACUUGCUUUGGAGGGUAGAGACAAGCAGUUCCUGCUGCAACAAAUCAAAGAUGGUGAUGAGGAUGGAAAAGCAGCUGAGCAAAAAGUGACUGUGACAAAAGAGACUAAUAAGUCAGUAGUAAGCGCUACCGAAGUCCGCUUAAGGAAAGUACAGUCACCUCCAGGAGUGCCACUAGAUUCAGAUUUUUAGGUUAUUACUUUAUCGAUAGAUGAUUUUUUUUGUACCUUAUUGUCUGUGGGCAAUGCACGUGUUGGAGCUUUCUGUGCUGGAUUAUGCUUUUAU